AUGUCCAACCCCACGACCCGCAAUACCGUUGAUCUCUACAGCCGGCUACUCCAGCUCACUGGCGUCACAUUUACACCGAGCAUUGAAUCCACCCUCACAAAGCCCCAAAAACGCCAGCUCGCCAACAACCUCCUCUUCCUGCUCCUCCAUAAUUAUGGGAGCGAAGAACGCUACAUCAAACCCAGCAACGUCCACUUUGUCCUAGACAAGGAGGGCAGGAAGAUGGUCAGAUACCACGUGCUGAUACGGGAGGAGAGUGUUAUCCAGGGAGCUCCGGUGCACAAGCGCGAAGAGGCCCUUGCGGGGCUGAGAGCUGUGGUGGAGAGGGCGGUGUUUGUGCAGACGAGGCUUGAGCCGAAAGAGCCUGAGAGCUCUUGA